UGCUGUGUCUCGCUCUGCUCACUCAAAGUCACACACAGAACAGCUCUCUGUCUCUCCCUCAGUCACUCGGGUUCGCGGGUCUUUUCCGUUAACGUUUAGGGUUUUUUACUUUGGGUUGUAACGUUAAUAAUACGUACUUACUAACCAGUAGAGUUCAGGUAAACGUGGGUUCGUUUUAAUGGGUUCGUUUAGUGUUAUAAAUAUUACAAAUUAAUUAUUACCGGUUAAAGCCCUGCCCAUUUCAAGACAACCUCGCCUACUUCCGGGUUAGGCCCCACCCACUCCGAGUACAGAUACAGAUACAGAUAAUUCAUAUGGUUAACAGAUACGGAUACAGAUACAGAUAAUGCUGUACUCGCUCAUCCCUAAUAAUGACUGUGUACAGUGAGAGUAUAAUAAGAGUGUAUGUCUGGACUGCAUUUGAGGUGUGUGUGUGUGAUCAUAACAUACCUGUGAUUAGAAGAACCCUUUAUUUGUCACAUAGCACAGGGAAAUAAUUUUUCCCAACAUAUUCCACCUUAUUUGAAAACCUUUUAUUCACCAUCUGAUGCUGUAGUUUUAAUGAUAUAGAUAUACUUCUGAUGCACAUGUGUCCAUUUUAGGAGGUUUUUUUGAGCUACAGGAGUUAGAGCAACUAUGCAGCUUCAUCAGCUCCAUACACAGCAAGAUGUGAUGCUCUUUGUGAUCUAACUCCUUUACAUUUACAUUUACAUUUACAGCAUGUGACAGACUCUUAUCCAGAGGGACGUACAUAAGUGCUUAAAUCUCUAACAUUGAAUACAUUAAUGCUGGAUCACUAAGUUACAUACUUAAGAUACCAUGAGUUUAAAACAUUUGUUCAAAGUUACAAUGAAAAAGUGUCAAAGGUUUUUUUUUAAUAAAUGCAAAAGAUAAGGAAAGAAGUGCUAGUUGAAGUGUUUCCUGAAUAAGUAGGUCUUCAACCGCCGCUUGAAAAUAUCCAGUGACUCAGCUGUCCGGACCUCUAGGGGAAGUUCAUUCCACCACCUUGGUGCCAGUACAGAGAAGAGUCUUCUAGUAUACUUGCCUCUUACCCUGAGAGAUGGUGGAACCAGUCGAGCAGUGCUGGUAGAUCGGAGGGUGCGGGGUGCAGUGCGAGGAGUGAUGAGGGCUUUGAGGUAAGAGGGAGCUGGUCCAUUUUUGGCUUUGUAGGCCAGCAUCAGUGUUUACUGAUUUACUGAUGCUGUGUUUACCAGCAUCCUUUACCCCUAUUAGAGCCCAUUCACUUUAUAAGCAGUAUGUGCUACAGUAGCUCGUCUGUGGGAUCGGAACAAAUGUGCUCCCCCUGUGCAUUAGUGAGUCUUGGGUGUCCAUGACCCUAUAGCUGGAUCACCGGUUGAUCUUCCUUGGAGAACUUUUGGUAGGUAUUAACUACUGCAUAACCAAAACACCACAUAAGACCUGCUUUUUUGGAGAAGCUCCGACCCAGUUGUCUAGACAUCACAGUUUGUCUCAGUCGCUCAGACACUUUUUUCUGCAUCUAACACAUCUAAAACUUUGUCACAUAUACAGCCAUACACAGUACAAUAUAUAAUUAGGUGCUUUAUUGACUGUCAUGUGUGUGAUGUGAAUGAGGUACAGGAAACUGUCCACUCUCUAACCACUGUGGUAAUGCUGAGCUGAAGCAGCUGGAGUUCAUCUCCUGCUUCUUGCUGAAGUCCACUAACAACUGCUUUGUCUUCCUGACAUUCAGGAAGAGGAAGUUGUCCUGGCACCAGUUCUCCAUGCUUUUAAUCAUGGUCAGAGAACUGUGUUAGCAAACUUGAAUAUGGUGGUAGAGUUUGAAGAAGCCACACAACUGUAGAUGUACAAUGAGUACAUCUACGGCACAGGACUGGAGGGCUCCAGUGCUGAUGAAGAAGGUCUUUUUGUCAGGAAGUUGGAGAUCUGUUGACAAAGGAUGGAAAAAAUCCCAGGACCCACAACCUGGUGGUGAGCUUGUAAGGUAUUAUGGUGUUAAAUGCCAAACUUUAUUCAACAAAAAUCAUCUGGUUUGUAGUGGGUCCAGGGUGUCAGCUAAUGAAGAGUUGAAGUCUCUAAUAAGCCUUUGAAAGCACUUUAUCAAAAUGAAGAUAAGGGCUACUGGGCAAUAAUUGUGUUCUCAGGAAGAGUUGGUUUUCUUUGGGACAGGAACAACUGUUUAAAGUAUUUAGGGUGUUCAAGGGAGAACUUUAAUAUGUCUGGUGUUAGCAAAAAUGCUGGAAAUGUUAACUGAUCAAAGAACCCUGCUAGCCUCAAUGCUAGCAUAAAAAGUCUUUAUCUUUUCUUCCAGGGAAGCAUACACAUUUUUUUUGUUUAGAGGACGGUGUCUUGUAGUUUUUCAUGGUUCUCAGUCCCUGCUGCAGGCUCCUAGAGCCACCCUGUGGAAAAUCGUGUUUCUUCCCCUAUUCCCACUUCACUUACAUCCAUGUUUUGAGUGUCUCUAGAGCUUUACCCUGGCCCUGAGGUCGUCAGACUGAACUUUGGCUUACAGAAUGCCAGGGUAGCAUAGUGAACAGGGAGCACCAGUCCUCAGCCAGUCCUCAUAAUGCAGGCUUGUUUCCCUCAGGGACGCCUUAGGCCACGACUUUCAAUUUACAAUUCAAAGAUCUGUUUUUUCCCCUCUGUGUUGGACUGUGUGAGCAGCGAUGAGUGACAGUGAAAACGAUAGUGAAAUUUACUUCUCUGUUAAAUUCCUUGGCCGUGUCGAGGUGACGUGUCCGGUGGGAAUGGAGAUUCUGAUGGAGGCUGCAGCAGCACUGCAGAAAGAGAAGAAGAAAAAGAAUAAAGUUCACCUGUUUCUCUCCAGAAGAUCCAUUGAUAUCCUGGAAUUUAAGACUAAAUUCAUGAAGUACUCCUGCACUCUCUCGUCCGUGUCUUUCUGCGCUGUUCAUCAGAUUCAAUCCAAACUGUUCGGCUUCAUGGCGAAACACCCGGCUCUCGACUCACACCACUGCUAUGUCUUCCAGAGCACAAAGUUUUCUCACCUGUUGGUGUCAGUGAUGUGUGAUGCUGUCAAGGCCAGCAGACGCUCGGACAGCGUGAGGGGAAGUCGUGACCUGGUGGUGGAGGCUCUCAGACACAAGAAUAAAUUGCUGCAAAGGGAGAAUGCAGAACUAAGAAAUAAACUUCAGGGGAAAGCAGGAAUAGACAGCUCUGAGGAAGAAAUGGAUAACUCUGAAACAGAUCAACCCACAUCACAUGUGAGAUUCAACUCAGGCAGAGAUGCAACCUCUUUGCAAAGAAACUUCUAAGUGAGAGAGUGUGUGUGUGUUAAGAAGUGGUGAAGCCCCCCUGCAUAACUGAAACACACAGAUGAGUGUGUAAGCAGUGAUGUCAAAGGACUGGAUAAUGUUUGAGACAAGCUAGAGAGAAACUGAUUUUAAUAUUAUAUAUUAAUUUUAAUGUAUUAAACUACAAUAAUCUCUAAUUAAA